GCUGGACCGUCCAUUUCCUGUACAUCUGAUUAUUAAACGAAUUCUUCAGGCUCUCACGAGAAACAGCAAAAACCAAGCUGGAGUCCUCCUGAGUUCUGAAGAUGGCAAGGGGAAAACGUACGAGUGCUACGCCUGAUAACUCGAGAACUAAUGGCCCAUCUAGCAACCACCUGACUGCAAAUAGGAGCAUAGACAAGAAAUCUACAAAUAUGAAUCAGAAGAAGAUUCUCUAUGCUGCUCCUGCUCUUACUGUUCCAGAUUCUACUUCUACUGCUACCACAAAUGGAACUGGUACUACAACAGUUGAAGUAAAUAAAGAAGAGGAUGAUAAUAAAGUCCAUGGAGUAGAAAAAGAACAAGAAGCUAGUAACGAGCAAAUAGAUAAGAGAGAGAAGGAUGAUGAGGAACAUUCACUGGGUUUCAUAUUCAUGUGCAGUAGGGAGACCAAACCAGAGUGCUUCGAACACUGUGUUUUUGGGCUCCCAGCCGGAAAACUGGCUAUUGUACAGAACAUUAAGCCUGGUGCAAAUCUUUUUCUCUUUGAUGUUAACCUGAAGCUUCUUUAUGGUGUGUACAAAGCUACAUCUAGAGGAGGAUUUGGCCUGGAGCCAGCUGCUUUUGGAGGAAGAUUUCCUGCUCAGGUGAGGUUCAGUAUUUUCAAGGAAAGCUUACCUUUACCGGAGAGUGUCUUCAGACACGCCAUUGAAGAAAACUAUCAUGGUUCCAAAUUCCAACAGCAGCUCAGUAACCAUCAGGUAAAGAAGCUUUUUGCUUUGUUUCGUCUCCCUGGUGGGUCACCAGUGCCUGUUCUUGGGACUCCACCACUACAUUUCCCCCCAGUUAAUAUCUAUCAGAACCAACAACCACCCAGGUUGCCACCACCAAAGGAUCCACAUGCUUCAAUGCCUCAUCACAGUGGUCAUCAUACUCCACCUCCUGUGUCUGGGUAUAUUAUGUCUAUUGAGUUAACGUGAUAUACAAGUCCUUGUUAUGUAUAACUUGUAGAGUUUCCUUUCAAUAGAUUUCUUGUAUUUUAGGAAAUCCUGUAAACUAGGAAUUGUUUGUAUCUUAGUGUAGAUGGGGCAAAACGAUUUGUUGGUUUUCACGGAAUUGAGGAGACGACCGUACGGAGGAGACUCCUUGAACCGAGCGAAAUGUCCAACUUCACACAGAUGCACUGCAAGAAGGGAGUGCU